GCCAUUUUCGCGAAAAAGCAUUUGUCUUCGCUCCAUUUUAGGGUUUAAGGAAGGUUUGGAACUCCCCCCCAUGUCUAUGGCGUUUCAUUUUUCAAUUUUGAAAUCGUUGCCUCAAAAUCUAACGUUGUCCCCUCUAAACCAGAAAGCUCCCCCAAAUCUAGCGAAGGUUUUCGCCAUGGUUUUCUUGCCCUGAAAAUCACUGGAUAAAUUUAGAGAGAAGGUUUCUUCAAUGGCCUUCUCUUUCGGUAACCAGUCUCCUCUGCAACAAACCACGCCUCUAAUUCAACAAAACUAUGCCUUUCCUCAACAACAACAGCAGCAACAGGUGCAACAACAAAUGUAUCUCUUCACCAAUGAGAAGGCUCCUGCAUCUUAUCAGACUACAUGGUCGGAUCUUCAUCCGGAGUCGCAGAAGCUCCUGCUCGAAAUUGAGGAGCGGAUCUUGGAGUACAGGGUUGAAAGCCAGAGGUUGGAUCAGUGUAGUCGGUUAUAUGAUACCUCAGUCUCCAAUGAUGCAUUUGAGCUUGAUGCUUGUCAUAUAAUUCAGGAACUUGGAGGAAUCAGUACAGCUAUGGAGAGAGAGAAAAUCCUACUGCAGGAACUGAUGAGUGUUGUAAAGGGUAUGAUGAGAAACACAGAGGUUGCAGUUUGGUCAUUUAUGAUGCUCCAUCCAAGGUUUGUUCAUACGCGUGGUUCAACUACAACACAUAGCAGCACUCCACCGAUUUCAGGAGCAAUGACGCAUGCAAACCCGAAUACCCAACAAAAGGCCACUUCUGUUGUACCAGUUAUAGAUUACUAUAGUGGGAUUCCUCGGAGGCCCUCCCCUUUCUUGCAACAUACAGUUGCCAGAUUUGAAAAAUAUCUUGCAGAGUGUCGACAAUGGAUUGAAGAGUUAGAGCAGCUCCUCUUAAGGGGGUCUGAUGAAAAUGGGAAUGGCAACACAGACUUAACCUUGUUGGACUCUCUACCUGCAGUGAUGUCAAAUGUGCAUGAUUUCUUUGUUCAUGUGGCUGCCAAGGUUGAGACUCUUCAUCAGCAUAUGGAAUCAAUGCGAGCUGCAUAUCUUGCAGACCAACGUCGUAGAGGAGAGGGUAACGAUCCAUUUCUUGAGGCCGAUAGGAGGGAAACUGCCAAACAAGAAGUAGCAGCUAGAAGAGUCCAUCCUACUUUGCACUUGCCUUCACUUCCCCAACCAUUAACACAAGUUGCUGGUCUCUUCGCUUGCUCAUCAACCCCUUCAUCUUCCUUUCCAGGAGCCUCGUCAUCCACUCCCAUAAUGGCUGGAGGAACUUCUAGUGGUUUUUCUCUCUUUAACACCCCAACCUCGGCUUCCACUUCAACCUCAAACUUAUCUUCUUCUUUAUUCGCCACACCCAAUUUGCAGGCCACCCCUUUUGCAUCAAGUCGGUUAUCACAGUCGUCUUCUUUGUUUGGAACCCCAACGACGCCCUCUUUGUUUGGGUCUUCAUCGACGCCUUCUUUGCUUGGGAGUGCGCCAUCCAUUGCUACUCCAGCAUUUGGAAGCUUGCCAUUCACUUCAACACCAGCCAUAGAAAUCCACGAAGCCUAAAGCUCGCACCGCACGGCGUUAGUUCUUAAUCUCGUCAACUGUCAGAGAGCCCAUGUAUCCCAAGUUCACAAGUUCACAAGAAAUGAUUAUUUCCACUUCCCAAAAAUGAAGGGUUUAUUUGGAAAUUGCUUUAAAAUGGUUGGGUUUCUCCAUAAUAUUUUAACUUCCUCUCUCUCUCCCUCUGUUAUUUAUUUUUCUUCCCCAGGCAUUUGAGGAUGAGUUUGUGGUGAAGUCCUGCACUGAUCUUUUAUUGCAGGUAAAAUGUAUCAUGGUGUAAAAACUCUUGUAUGGGGCAGAUGCAUCUCUUGUUGAGGAGAAAAGCUUAUUUUAAUAUUUUUCUGAAGACUCUGAGGUUGUGUACCUCUUGUAAGAUUUUCUACAACAAUAAUCAUGUGGAAAUAGUAAUGGUCAAAUCUCUUGGAUGCUCACCUCGCUGGACUCUGAAAUUGACAGUAAAUUUGGUGAUUUCGAUA